AUGGUAUCGACAUUAAAUGAACGCGAUAUCGUUAUGGCGAUGGAGGCAAUGGCUAAAGAUAAAAAUUUAAGCCUCCGGAAAGCUGCCAAGAUUUACAAUAUUACUCAUACGACACUCAUGCGUAGAAUGAAAGGGAUCACUCCUGCCUCCGAAUAUCGUCAAAAACAGCAUAAAAUUACUAAAAUUGAAGAGGAGGUUAUUAUUCAGCAUAUAAUCGAUAUGGAUGAGCGAGGAUUUAAUCCUAAAUUCAUAAGUGUUGAAAGUAUGGCGAAUCACAUUCUUGAAUCGAGGGGUGGAAAGCGUAUUGGUAAACAAUGGGCAUAUCGAUUCGUGAAUCGAUACAAUAUUCUAAAAACGCAUUUUAAUCAUGCCUACGAUUUCCAAAGAGCUCUCUGCGAGGAUCCUAAGCUUAUUAAUAAGUGGUUUCAAUUAUUCAAAAAUAUAAAGGCAAAAUAUGGAAUACAGGAUGUACUAAAACGCACAUAUAGCAAGCAAAUUGAGGGAAUGGAUAUUCGAAUCUGUACACCUACUCCUCCUUCGCUUCCUCCGAGUCAUAUACCCGAUUGGGUCUCACAAACACCUCACAAUGCUAUCGAAGCUCUUUCACAAGCAUUUUUAGUACGAUCUAUUAUUGCUCAAUAUCAUUCUAGCUCUUUUACACCUAUAUUUAAGGCUACAGAUCCUUUAAUUAAAGAUGUAGAAUACCUAGCUAGUACUGUCACGAUUUUAGCUUUUGAGAAUCACGAUCUUCGAUUGGCAAAUACAGGAUUAAGUAAACGUUGA